CUCUGAAAAUUGCUCUCAGGCUGUUCUACUAUUUUUCCCAGAGGGUGAAAAACAGGUGUGUCUUCCUGAUGUCACUGAGCUAUAGAGGAUUCUAUGGGAAAACAAAGGACAGAGAUUGAGACUGAAGCUCACACUUGGCCAGGAAGCGCCCUACCCAUUGCAGGAGAAAGACUGCUCAGGGGAGCCUGGCACUUGCUUUCCUUCAGGUUCUGCAAUAAAAUAUUGGGUGAAAUGCCGUCCCUGGGCAUUACAGUCUUCUGCUUCCUACUUCUAGUUGUCGCCACAUCUACCCAUGCUUCGAUGGAAGUUAAUUUUGACCCAUUCAUCCAUCUCUCACCUGACAGCGAAAAUGGAACAGAAGAGAACGUCCCAACAGAGCUGCACAGGCAGAGGCGACAGGUAGCUACAUUUGGCCUUUCCCCUAUGGAAUACAAGAUUGACAUUGAGAUCAGUUGUACAGAUCCAUCUCUCUUGGAAGCCAUCAAAGAUUAUUUCAAGAAUCUUAGUUUUCCAGUCAUAGUAAACACCUCAGAUGCAGUAAUGAACAUUUCAAGCCUCAGUGUUACUACAGUAUGCAGUCUCACCAGUAAUAAUGAGACCCAUUGUUUUUGUGAAAGUGGGUACAAAUGGCCAGCUGCAAUGUGUAGUGCCAACUCAAUCUGUCCUAGUACUAACCCAACACAAGAGGAGAUCUGUGACUGUAUCACACAGGUGCCUUCUCAAGGACCCUAUUGUCAGCUUCAGCCUGAAGAUCAAACCCACUUCUCUGUGUCCCCUGAGGACAUUUUCCAGGGGGAUACAGUAAUAAUGAAGUGUGAGAUACGGUUGGAUACAGGGAACGGGAUCUGGUAUCAUUCUGGACACGUAAUCUUGAAUAGCACCCGGCAUUCAAUAUCUACAACGUCAGUUCUGAAAAUUACCAAUGUUACACAGGAUGAUACCGGUCCUUAUACUUGCGUUUUCGUAAACAGCAGUGUGAACUCCACAUUGGUAUUUAAAGCAACACGCAAUAUAACAGUAGCUCCAAUAAACAUUGUGCAAUCAGGAGACACUGAGGUUAUAUGUGACGGUACCAAAGUAUCGCUGAGCUGCUGCAUUGAUGGAAAUAUACAAUCCUUUACUACUAACUGGAGACCAAAUAAAGCAAUUAAUAUUGUGGGAACCACCAGUUUCACUCCAAACUGUACUGAGUACACUCUCCAAGCCAAUCAGCGUCAGUGCCCAAACCAGUAUAAUAGUGAGAUAACGUACACGUGUGAGCUGAGUACGGGGAAUGGCGCCAUCCGAAGUAAAGCCAUCAGCGUGACAUAUCUACAAAUAGCAAAUGUAAAAAUAUUUUCAAGCGCAAAAGCUCAAGUUUCUGAGGGACACAGUUUUAAUCUAACAUGCACCAGCGAUGUGAGCAAUUGCGAUAAUGUCACCUGGGAAAUCCAGUCUCAAAUGAUAGACUCUCGGCUAUACAGCUGUAACCUGGAAUCCCCAAGCAAAGCCAGGUCCAUGCUCACAGUGAAGUCUGCCACUCAGGCCUGGAAUGGCACCUAUACUUGCACAUUCUCUCAGAAGUCUUUGCCAAGUUCUGCUAGUACAACAGUUGAGAUUGUGCCUCUGCCUCUGAAACAGAAUAUUGUACUGGAUCCCAUGCAAGGAUUUAUACAAUGCAAUGUACCUCAGGUCCUAAAGUGCUGCAUAAAUGGAAUGGAAAACUAUGACGUUACAUUCACAGUUCAACAAAAGGAAUUUAAGGGUGUGAAAAACACACAAGGAAACCAAGUGUGCUACACAUACAAUUACAAUUACACAGAAAGCUGCAGCUCAAUGUCAGAUGUCGUGGUAAAUUGUACCUUUGUUAACCGCAUUCAAGAUAAGGUCACAAGUUCACCUAUGAAACUAAGUAUUAUACCAGAAAAUAAAGUUACGUGCUCAGGCAGCAUUGGUGUGGGACAGCAAGGAGCACAGAUAAAAAAACCAUGCCCAGGCUCUAAAGAUGUGAAUGGCAUGAGCAUCACCGUUAGAGGGACUGUAAUCUAUGUGUGUAACACCAACUGGAAGGUUGCUAGCAACAGCUGCAUAUCUGACCAAAUAAACACACUGCUCAAUAGGGCUGAGUCUUUGGUGUAUGGUCCACGGGCAGAAGAAGAGCUACCCACAUAUCUUGAGACUCUUCAUAAUACUACAAUAAAAGAACUACAAGAAAUAAACACUUCACCUGCAAACCUGAUGGCAGUAAUUACCAUUCUGGAUUUGGUUUCAAAUAUCCCAACAGACGCAGAGCAACGCACAAUGACAAAUUUCCUCUCUACAGUGAACAUUAUUAUCAACAAUUCCAGAAUACUUGCCUGGAAACCUCUGAACAAUGAGGAAACAGUGAACAGUUCUCUGUUACUGGAUUCAGUGGAGAAAUUUUCCUGGUCCCUCCGGCCAGUUAAUAAUACCAUUCCUCCUAUCACCGACACCAACCUUCAGCUGCAAGGUAUAGUUAUCACAGAAAAUAGCCCAUCAGACUAUAAUAAGAACUUUACUUUCUCCAAUUCAGCAAACCUCAGCGGUAAUGUGCUAAUUAAGAGCGAUACAAUUAAGAACUUGAAACAAAACUCGACCAUCAUCACCGUGGCUUUCUCAAACCUCAGCUAUAUUCUGCCCAACCCCAAUGAGACAGUUAAGGAUGUGAACGGCUUGGUGAUGAUGACAACAACGAACAGCAUGCUCCCUCCGGACUUCCAGAUCUCUAUGACAUUUGCCAAAAGCAAUUUGUCCAUGAAAGAACCCCAGUGUGUCUUUUGGAACAACUCUGUCUCUGCUGCUGUAGGAGGAUGGGAUGACACCGGUUGUCACCCGAAGGAUGAAGGAGACAACAUCAUUUGCACCUGCAGUCACUUGACUUCGUUCUCAAUUCUGAUGUCAUUCGACCAGGGGUCCUCCAGAGCCGCACUGCAGUCACUAGAUUACAUUACCUACAUCGGCCUGAGCAUUUCCAUAGCGAGCUUGAUGAUCUGCAUAUUAAUUGAAUCCCUGGUAUGGAAAUAUGUGACCAAAAACAGAACCUCCUACAUGCGUCACGUCUGUAUAUUGAACAUAGCUGUGUCUCUUCUGAUUGCAGACAGCUGGUUCAUUGUCACUGCCUUCCUACAAGACAAAAAGGAGCUAGUGAAUGGGAAUGUCUGCAUAGCUGCCACCCUUUUCAUCCACUUGUUCUACCUCAGUGUCUUUUUCUGGAUGCUUGCCCUGGGCCUCAUGAUCUUCUAUCGCCUUGUCUUCAUUUUACAUGACACUAGCAAGACCAUCCAGAAAGCUGUAGCAUUCUCUUUGGGCUAUGGGUGCCCGCUUAUUAUAUCAGUCAUCACCAUAGCUGUCACUCAGCCGCAUAACACUUACAAAAGGGAAAAUGCCUGCUGGCUCAACUGGGAGAAAAGCAAAGCUCUUCUUGCCUUCGUUAUACCCGCACUGAUCAUUGUGGCUGUGAAUUCAAUCAUUGCCGUUGUAAUCCUAGUCAAAAUACUAAGGCCUGCCAUUGGGGAGAAGCCAAGCAAGCAGGAGAGGAGCUCCUUGAUUCAAGCCAUCAAAAAUGUUGCCACUCUGACACCGCUAUUUGGCCUUACCUGGGGAUUUGGAGUCGCAACCCUUAACAAAGACAGCUCAAUAGUAUUCCAUAUACUAUUUACUCUCCUCAAUGCUUUCCAAGGAUUAUUCAUUCUGGUGUUUGGAACUCUCAGGGACAAGAAGGUAGUAGAAGCCUUGCUGAACAAAUAUUCACUUGGAAGAUGGAGUACGCCGCAAACAAAGUUAACGUCCCUGGGUGAUUCUGCCCCCGUGUUCUCCAUGAGCUCUCCAUUCUCAGGAGCACUAAACAACUUAUUUGGCAAAGCAGGUCCUCCAACACCAGUGGAAGAUACCACCAUGGAGACGGGCAGGAGUGAGGGUGCAGCAGGAAACCAGAUUAACCCAGAUCGCUGCACUCUGCCAGCAGGAGUGGAUCUGACAUCGCCACCUCCAGGAACCGCAAUAAUAGAGAAGACGCUCGCAACGACACUCGACAUUUAUAGGAGUGAGUUGAGAAAGCCCCUUACCAGUGUGAGCGGCACCGAAGGGACUGAAGAGACGCUGGAGCUGAACAUGGAGAGGAAGGUUAUCUCGGGACAAGGCUCCUGCCUGAGGCCAGGGGCACAGGCAGGUGAGGGCAGGGCAGAUCUUCCUAGGACCCAAUGCCACCAGGUUGCCCCAGAGGCACCAGGCUCUGAGCAGCUGACAAGAUCCAUCCUUGACUCUCUCAUUGCUGGGCAGGCUGCGCACGACCGGCAGAUCAAGCACCUGAUGGAAAUGUUGAGCAGCUCCCACCCCUUGGCAGACCAUGUCUUAGUCUGCCAGCUGUGCCACAAGGCACAUCCAGGAAAGAUGAAGGGUCAGAAAACUCAGGAGGAGACACAAGUAUCUGCUGAGCUGCAUGGUCUUCGAGACAUCACGGCUCCACAUGGGUUCAUUGGAACUGUGAAUUCAAAGCUCUCCAGGGACCAGCCACCAGUCAGAGUCUGGAAGAAGUGCAAUAAGGUUGGACAGAAGAGACCAGCUGGCUCUGCAGGUGCUGACUUGCCCAGAAUUCCACAGCAAUGGACUCCAGGAGACUCCUCAGCAUCAUCCAACCACAACAAGAUGCCAGUGGUGUGGCUCCUUCCAGAAGAUGGGCGCAAGAAGCAGGAUGGAAUGGGGAAAAUGGCCCCCACCAAGCAACCAAAGAUGGUGUCCAUUGUUCGAAGUACAACAGGGCUUUCGCAAGCUGGGGAGAAAGCAACUGGGAGUCCUGACGGUUCUCCUCCAAAGCCAGCAAAGGCCUCCAGAGCUAGGACACCAUCCCCUUCAAGGAGCAAAGAUCCAGUUCUCAAACGGAUCUUAAUGUGCCUCAAGAAAAACUUCUACAAGCUGCAAAACAAAGUGAAGUCCCAAAUGUCCAAGGACUUUCGUUCAAGAAGACCUGAUACUAAAUUUACAAAGCCACCCUUUUGGAAGGCAAGGGCCUCCAAGGGUGUUUGA